UUGUCAGAGGUGGCAGGAAGCCUUUUGGCCGCGGACAGCGCGGCAGACACGGAGGUCGGUGCAUUUAGACACGUGUUUUUUCUAAAAAAAAACUUGUCUUAUCGGUUCCCACUUCGGCCAGGGACCCGCGCGAGUGAGGCCGCCAGACGUUUCCUUUGGCUCCAGGCUGGGCGCACGUGCUGCCAGGAAACGCCCCUUCCCACACCAACCUCUCUCACGCCUCCCUAUUGCUCGAAUAGUUUCUUGGGAGUGAGUGACCGACCCCCCCCUUUCAACUCCUGUCCGCAUCUGGCCUCUGCUCCCUUUCCAGCUUAGCCCGGGAAUCUCUCGAGCAGCACCGGCUCUCCAGGGCUGGGCGCACGCCUUGACCAGAUGGAGAAAAGGAAGCCGCCGGCCGCGCUGGAUCAGCCCCUGCGAACCGCCAGCUGCAAUGGGUACGCGCUGGCCGAGAAGCAGCCGGCCCUUCAGCGGAGUCGCUCGGGAGAAGCGCCGUCCCGUAGCUGGAAGAGCGCGGCUGGCGGGCAUCCCUUAGAGAGCUGGAAGGAAGAGCGGACCCGCAGCGAAGAGGACAACGAAAUGAACUUGCCCGGCUUGGCCGCCGCUUACACCACCAUCCUGCGGGCCUUGGGCGAGGACCCGCAGCGCCAGGGGCUGCUCAAGACGCCCUGGAGGGCGGCCACGGCCAUGCAGUACUUCACCAAAGGCUAUCAGGAGACCAUUACAGAUGUACUCAAUGAUGCCAUAUUUGAUGAAGACCAUGAUGAGAUGGUGAUUGUGAAGGAUAUUGAUAUGUUUUCAAUGUGUGAACAUCACCUGGUUCCAUUUAUCGGAAAGGUGCAUAUAGGUUACCUUCCCAACAAACAAGUCCUUGGGCUCAGCAAGCUUGCAAGGAUUGUGGAAAUAUACAGUAGACGAUUACAAGUUCAGGAGCGCCUUACAAAACAAAUUGCUGUUGCCAUCACAGAAGCCUUGCAGCCUGCUGGAGUUGGGGUGGUGAUUGAGGCAAC